GAGGUGGAGAGUGAGAGGUUCAGAGUUUAGAGUGAGAGAGAGAGUCAGAGUGGGCUCCAUCUCCUUCUCUCUCUGUCUCUCACAUACUAAGGAUAUCACACAUGAACAGACUUUAGUGCAGAUCUAAGCUUCCUUCGCUGAAAAUGGCUUCCUGCAUUCCCAGUGGUCCUUGGUUCUUUGGAAUACUUCUACCUCUCCUCUGGGUAUGCUGCCGUCCUUCUUCUGCAUAUCUGUUGGAAGACCAUGGUUCUCAGGGAGCGUUGGACUUGACGGAGUUGAUUGGUGUUCCUCUGCCACCCUCCGUCUCCUUUGUCACAGGCUUCGAGGGUUACCCCGCCUACAGCUUCGGACCAGGCGCUAACGUGGGUCGUCUCACGAAGUCGUUUAUCCCCGACCCAUUCUAUUAUGACUUUGCUAUCACAGUCACAGCUAAACCCACCACGCGUCGUGGCGGCAUUCUGUUCGCCAUUACAGAUGCAUACCAAAAAAUCGUACACUUAGGGAUUGCCUUGUCUGAAGUGGAGGAUGGCUCGCAGAGAGUGGUUUUGUACUAUACUGAUCCCGGAACAAGAGGUGGGACCCAAGAAGCCGCUUCCUUCAAAAUGGGAGACCUGACGGGGAGAUGGGCGAGGUUUACGCUGACGGUACAGGGAGCAGAGGUCCGCCUCUACAUGGACUGUGAGGAGUAUCACCGAGUGGCCUUCAACAGGAGCCCUCGCCGUCUCACCUUCGAGGCCAGUUCCGGGAUUUUUGUUGGGAACGCUGGGGGCACGGGCCUGGAUCGGUUUUUGGGCUCGAUCCAACAGCUGGUGCUGAAGUCCGAUCCCACGGCUCCAGAUGACCAAUGUGAGGAGGACGAUCCUUAUGCCUCUGGAUAUGGAAGCGGUGAUGUCUCCUAUGAAGACAUUGAGAGAACAGAUGAAGUGAAGAAGAUUGUGGAGGAAAGAGAUUACAACAUACCGUUUCCAGAGCUGGAUCCCACUCACAGCACCCCAGUCCAGGCUCCACCCACUGAGACAUCACUAGCCAAUGAGCAGCAGGAGGAAGAGGAGACCUCUGGACAGGAGAUGGAGAGCACCACAGUUGGAGUCAGAUCAUCUUACACAGUGACUCCGACCUCCAUACCUCACACCGCCUCUCCAGGACAGAAAGGAGAGCCUGGGGAGCCAGGUCCAGCUGGUCCCCCUGGACCUCCUGGACGUCCAGGACAAGUGUCAGAAAAGUGGAGGGCUUCUGGAGAGGACAGUGAGCCUGGACCUCGUGGUCCCCAAGGACAACCAGGAUCUCCAGGAAUCCCUGGAGCUCCAGGAAAAAAUGGUCUACCUGGAAGAAAAGGUGACCCCGGUGAUCCAGGAGUGACAGGGCCUCCGGGAUUCCCAGGGCUUGGUGGAGAACCUGGACUGAAAGGUCAAAAGGGUGAUCCUGGUGUUGGUCUGCCAGGUCUUCCAGGCCCUCCUGGACCUCCAGGCCAAUCCAGCAAGACUCCAUUGUUCUUGGAGGGUUCUGGAUUUGAUGACUUUGACAGCGAUUCAGAGUUUAUUCGAGGGCCUCCCGGUCCUCCAGGUCCCCCAGGACCACCAGGACCCCCACCUGAAGAUGUCUUUCCCGGUCCGCCUGGGGCCCCUGGGAGAAACGGGAAGGAUGGCAUCAAGGGCGAACCCGGCCUUCCUGUGAUUGACGAGUGGUUAAGUGGCUCUGGGUCUGGCUCGGAGUCUGGCUCUGGGUCUGGUCAGGGACAAGAUGGUGACCCAGGGUCUCCUGGUGAGAAGGGUGACAAGGGUAAACCUGGUGGGAGUGGGCCAACAGGACCAAAGGGUGUGGGUCCUCCAGGGUUCCCAGGCCUACCAGGAUCAGAUGGUCCUGAGGGAAAACCUGGUCCCAGGGGCCCUCCUGGACCCCCAGGCCCCCCAGGAAGAGGCUACAACUGGGACUUUGAGGAUAUGGAAGGAUCUGCGUUUGAUGGCAGUGGAUCCGCGUUGGGUGGCAGUGGAUCUGUGGUGACCAGAGGGCCUCAGGGUCCUCCAGAAUACCUGGACAUCCAGGAAUCAAGUAGACCAUUGAGCUGGGAGGAUGAUGGUGAAACUGGUUUAGACGGUUUUCCGGGAAAACCAGGACAAAAGGGAGAACCAGGUCUCGCUGGACCACCAGGCCUACCAGGACUAGAGGGGUUGAAAGGGUCCGAGGGUCUAAAGGGGGAGAAAGGUGAUCCAGGACAAAAGGGAGAGUCGGGACAGGAUGGGGUCAGUCUUCCUGGGCCUCCAGGGCCACCUGGUCCCCCAGGACCAAUUAUGACCAUCCAGGAUCUUCUUAAUGUCACAGAAGGUGCCUUCAACUUUUCAGGGAUUUUUCAAACUCAGGGACCUGCUGGGCCUCAGGGACCUAAAGGGGCCAUGGGAUUGCCCGGUGUUCAGGGACCUCCAGGACUAAAAGGUGAAAAGGGCGAGCCAGGAUUCAUCGUUGCUGCACAGGGGUCUGCAACGUCAAAUAUGGCAGGACCAAUGGGACGCAAAGGAGUCAAGGGAGACACUGGGGCACGUGGGCAUCCUGGAAUUGUGGGGCCGAUGGGACCACCAGGGCCAAAGGGAGAAUUUGGUUUUCCAGGACGUCCUGGUCGACCGGGGCUGAUGGGCGAGAAAGGAGAGCGCGGGGAUUCUGUGGGCUUGCCGGGACCCCCAGGUCCUCCUGGAGAACCGGGUCGUCCUGGGAUGUUUAACUGCCCUAAAGGAACGGUGUUCCCCAUCCCUCCCAGACCACACUGCAAGAUGGCUCUUAAUGAAAUGGAACCAUUGAUUAUGGAUGAAGUAAAGGGCAAGUGCCAAACUGGACCAAAAGGGGAGAAAGGCGAGAGAGGCCUUCCCGGACUGCCAGCUUCAGAGAAUGCAUUUUAUUCCAGAGGAGAUUGGGGCUUAACAAGUGAGAAGGGCAUCAAAGGGGAGAAAGGAGACAAGGGGGAUGCAGGGUUGGCUGGGCAACCAGGUAUUCCAGGCAGACCAGGCCCCGUGGGGCCCAAAGGAGAAGCACUGCUUGGGCCUCCAGGCCACCCAGGUGUGCCAGGUUCACCAGGUAUCCCUGGAUAUGGUAGGCCAGGUCCUGUUGGCCCUCCUGGGCCUCCUGGACCCCCUGGACCACCCUCAAGAUAUGGCUCAGCUGUGACCAUUCCUGGACCCCCUGGACCUCCUGGGCCACCUGGACCUACUGGGGCUUUGGCAAACUCAGUAUUGCUGAAAAAAUUUUCUUCUCGUGAGAGUAUGAUGCAGAACACCGUAAAAGAUGCAGAGGGAACGCUCAUGUACAUCUCAGUGACAGGAAGUCUCUUCUUAAAGGUCUCCCAAGGAUGGAAAGAGAUCCCGCUUGGCAGUUUGAUUUACCACUCCAGUAACAUAAUUCCACAAGAUGAGCCUCAGCUUGCAUAUCAGUUGACUGGAGACACGAUGGAGCGAAUACAUACAGUUAAAAGAAGGCUCAACCUUGUGGCCUUGAACCAGCCGCACUCAGGAGAUAUGAUGGGGCUUGACACCGCUGACCGUAUGUGUUACGAACAGGCUAAGGCAAUGGGUUUGAUGCCAAACUAUCGGGCCUUCAUCUCUUCCCACAGACAAGACUUAGCCCAUGUGGUCUACCCUGGUUUCCGGGAAACCCUGCCUGUUACCAACCUCAGGGGAGAUGUGAUGUUCAGGAACUGGCGGGAAAUUUUUAAUGGCCACAGGGGGCCAAUAAAUACCAGGAUGCCAAUCUACUCUUUUGACGGUCGAGAUGUUCUCGCAGAUUCCUUCUGGCCUCAGAAGAGCAUUUGGCAUGGCUCCACCAGCACAGGUCAUCGGAUAGUAGACAAACACUGUGAAACGUGGCACGCUGACCAUGUAUCAUUGAUGGGCCAGUCAUCGAGCCUGACCUCAGGUCGACUUCUUGGCCAGCAAACACGAAGCUGUUCCAAUCAGUACAUCGUUCUUUGCAUUGAGACUCAUAAAAACCCUUAAAUGCCCCAAUACCUCUCAACAAGGAACCUGCCCCACCUGCCUUAAACGAUCAGCGCUCUAGAAAACAAGCACAAUGAGCGUAUUGAUACUAAAACCCGCAAAGGAUCGUUCACUUUCAGCAUGUCCUGUGGUGCUACAUGGACUAUAUUGUGGUUCUCAAACAGAAGACGUUGCAUUCUUUUAGGACGAUCCUACUUGUGCCCUCUUCAGCCAUUGCUGCAACCAAGGAGUGUUUGAGUAAAGUAAACCCAUGUGAACCUGGUGCUUGAAAUGGAACUACACUGCAAAUCUUCAGCAAUUAUCAUCUUCAUUUGUGCCAUGAAAGGUAUCGUUCUUUGGGUUUUCUAACUUUGACCUGGUGGCACAUAUUGUUAUUAGCAGGACACAGGCACAGGACGCUCAGCAAUAGUCCUGAAAAAUGUCUUUCUCAAGCCAAAAAAAAAGUUCUGGAAUAUUUAACCAGAAUGCAUUAGUGUAAAAACUGUGCUCAAUAGUUUUUUGUUAUUCAUUGGAGAAACUAAAGCAGACACGGGGGCUGCUUGAACAUGCAACUGUGAUGAAAUGUGGCAGGGUUUUUUUUUUUUUUUUAACAAUUUUUAAGUCUUUUGUGAUUGAGACAUAAAAAGUGACUUAUGAAAGUGUCAUAUUUAUGUUUACACUUGUCAUUAAAAACUUUUCAUUAUUGUGCAGGCAGGUUUUAAGACUAGAACCCAUGGAAGUUCAGGCAAGUCCAUAAGUAUUUGGGAAAUUUAUGUAAUUUUGCCUCUGUGCACCACCACAAUAGGGUUGAAAUGAAACAAUUAAGAUGUGCUUCUAUAAUUUUAAUUCCAAGGAUUUAACCAAGAAAAUAAAGGGGGGGGGGGGGGGGUAAAAUUAUAGCCGGGGCGUCACCAGGGAUUUUGGGCCCCAUGAAAAGAAAUCUUACUGGGCCACCCCUGUAUUAUUUUCUCAUUAUUAUAAAUGUAUUAGGGGCCUCUCUGGGCCCCUGCCAAUCAUGGGCCCCAAGAAUCCUUCUCCUUAUUCUCCCCUUUUAUGCACCCCGAAUUAUGGUAAUUGACAUACACAGUUCCUUUAUUUUCAGAGGUCAUAAGUAAUUGGACAAACUAGAUGUAAGUCUUAUGAAUACAAACCAUCACUUUUACACAAACAGUAUGAUACCACUGUGGUAAAUCUGCCUGAAGUGGGCAGUUCUCUGAAAUGUGACCAUGCACCAAGGGGACUGGUGAGGGAAGCCACCAACUCUGAAGCAAUUAUAGUCAUCGGUGGCUGUGAUUGGAAAAACUGUGCAUUGUGCAUCUUUUGUCUGUUGCACAAGCAAUCACAGCAUCGUGGUGAAAUAGCACAGGGAAGUAUUUUAAUUCUAGAAAACAGCUCAAAUCUGUGCUUGUGUCUCCCAGGCAGGGGUGCCGAAAAGGGGAGAAUAAGGAGAAGGAUUCAAGGGGCCUAUGAUUGUCAAGGGCCCAGAGAGGCCCCUAAUACAAUUGUAGUACUGACAAAAUAAUAUGGAGGGGGGUGCCCCAGGAACAUUUCUUUUCAAGGGGCCCAAAAUACCUGGCAGCACCCCUGCUACCAGGUGCCUGUACCUGAACGUUCCCAUUUUCUUUUUACGAAAAAGCUUUCUCUGUUCCACUGCACUAUGAUACUGGAACCACAAGCCUGUACCUCCACUGGAGUUGUUUGGGUGUCUUGGUGGCUUCCCUCAGGUGUUUCCUUCUUGCACUGUCACUCAUUUUUGAGAACUGCCCCAGACAGAUUACCAUACAGUACCACAGUAUUCAUAUUUCUUAAUGAUUGUCCAAGACUGUCCAAGUCUAAGACUGAAUCAGUCUUGGACUUCAUUAAGUCUAAGACUGAUUCAGUGACUUGGAAAUGGUCAUGUAUUCAUCCCAGGACUUGAUUUAAUGAUGAUUUAAUAUUUAAUAAUAAUACUUAAUUAUACUUAAUACAUUUUUCAUCAAAUUACUUGGGGGAUCUGAAAAUUUAGUGACUAUGUACAAAUAGUUAUGAUUUUCAAAUGGGUAAUGCAACUUUGUUGUUGAACACCUUAAAUUAACAUGAAAAAAAAAUUGCUCCAUAAGCACAUCAUAAUUGUUUCAUUUCAACAGUAUUGUGAUGGUGUACAGAAACAAAAUUACAAAAAUGCUCAGUGUUCAAAUACUUAUGCACCUGACUACAUAUGUGUUCAGUUCUGAGUAACACUUUGUGUACAGUAUUUUUAAAUUUUUUUAUUUUUUUUAAACAUGCAAUAAGAAAUUACUGGACAAAGCUGAAAGGGUACACCGAGCAGAAAUCUAGAAAGAAAUGAGAAAAAUCACCAGGGAAGUUACAAAUGUACACUUGUACACACACAUAGUGUUAGUUUUCCUCAAAUGCAAAUUUCUUUACAAUAAUUUUGCACCAGAAUAAAGUCUUUGUGCACAAAAACCUAAAAUGCAACAUUAUAUGAAAAAUUAAGACACAAAUAUAAUAAUAAUUCCAUAAGAAUAAUUUCUCCUACAAUAUUUGAAUGACCAAACAAUCAGUGACAGCCAAAGUAAUGUCUGUUUUUGUUUUAUUUUGUGUGUUGUUGUGUUUUUUUUUUGUUUGUUUUUAUUUUUUUUAGGGGGGGGGGGGCACUGUUUAUUUUUCACUGUUUUGAACUUUGUCACAUUGUGUUUCAUAAAUGUUGAGAUCUCACCUUUUUGCAGCUCGUUCCCUCAAUAGGCUAUUUAAUUUAAACUCAAUGAUUUAUUUAUGCCAUCACAGCACAUAGCAAUAACUCAGAUGAUUAAAUUUAAGACUGUAAUUUAUCGUCUUUGUUUGUUUAUAAAGUGUUUCUUCUCACAUUUGCCUGUCCCUUUUUUGUACAGUGUUCUUAAAUAUUUGGUUUGAUAUGGGACCAUUCACGUGGCAAUAAUAGUUGCAACAGAUUAACACACAGACACACACGUCUUCACACACAUUUGCAAGCACUGUUGCUACAAUAAUGGCCCCAUACUUUCAUACAUUCAGAGAUUUUUCUUGAAUGUCAACAAAUGUAUAGAAGCUCCAAAGAAAAAUGCAAUAUAGUUUCAUAAUGAUUUUUUUUUAAUACAGAAAAAAAGGCAAAAAAUUAGAGCUGGUGUUUUGUAUAAAUAUUGGUGCUUGAUGAA